AGAUCAUGUUUUUUUUUGACCGACCUCAUAUGAUACGAUCUUAUCUCAUCUCAUCUCAUCUCAUCUCAUCUCAACUUCCCGUCUUUGUUCGGAAGGUCAGGGGGCAACAUCAAUUUAUUCCACUUUUAGAACACCUCUGGUUUUCUGAUUAUGAAUUCUACAGCUGCGUUUCUGUUUAUGAAUUCUACAGCUGCGUUUCUGUUUAUGAAUUCUACAGCUGAAUUGCUGAGGACCACUGCACAGCAUCCAUGGACUGAGAUAGUAACCAACAGUAUCCCUUAUCUAAAUGAUCAUGCAUCGUCCAGUGUGGAUGGACUACUUUCAGGUGUGUCACAGAAUGAGGCACCAUAUGAGUAUUCUGGGUACUACGAUGAUUUGGACCCAUCUAUAUUGGCCUGUAACUAUGGAACUCACGGAGCAAGCAUCCUCCCUGUGUUAUAUUCGCUGUUUUUCAUUGUGGGCAUUCUGGGUAACACACUGGUGAUCUGGGUGGUCUUGAUGGGUGUGAAACUCAGAAGCAUGACUGACAUCUGUCUUCUGAACCUGGCUAUUGCAGACCUGCUCUUGAUCUCUGCCCUCCCCUUCCUGGCACACAGUGCCAGAGACCAGUGGAUCUUUGGAGAUUUUAUGUGCACUAUGGUCCGUAGUGUUUACUACAUUGGAUUCUAUAGUGGGAUAUUCUUUAUUGUACUGAUGAGUGUUGAUCGAUACUUAGCUGUAGUUCAUGCUGUGUUUGCUCUGAGAGUCAGAACAAGGACAUAUGGGAUCUUAGCCAGUAUGGUCAUAUGGAUUAUUGCAGUUUUUGCAUCCUUUCCUGAGUUGAUGUAUCUCAAAACCACAAAGAUGGGUAAUUUAACUUAUUGUGUAUAUUAUCCAACAAAUGAUCCAGGUUCUAGUCAUUACUCAAUGAUUUUUGGCAUCUUUAAAAUGAAUGUCAUGGGUUUAAUUCUUCCACUUAUUGUGAUUGGAUUUUGUUACUCAAUGAUUUUGAUGAGACUCCUGACAGUUCGCUCUUCUAGGAGGCAGGCCAUGCGUCUCGUCAUUGCAGUGAUGGUGGUCUUUUUCUGCAGUUGGGCUCCGUACAAUAUUGCAGCUUUUGUGAAAGCCUUAGAGCUGAUUAAACCUAUAACUCAAUCUUGUGAGAGCAGUAAGGCAAUAAAUCUAAGUCUGCAGAUCACAGAGGCUUUGGCUUAUUCACAUAGCAGUAUAAAUCCCUUUCUUUAUGUGUUUGUGGGAGAGAAAUUUAGGAGGCAACUUUUUAGACUCCUUUACAGGACACCCUUCAGUAGACUGCAGUUCAUGAAGAGUUACAUUAUGCAGGCCACAGGAUCUGUUUACUCACAGACCACUAGUGUGGACGAGAGAUCAGUUACAGCUGUUUGAGUAGAAGAUUAAUUGGAAUAGGGUAUACAGACAAAAAUCUAUCUAUCUAUCUAUCUAUCUAUCUAUCUAUCUAUCUAUCUAUCUAUCUAUCUAUCUAUCUAUCUAUCUAUCUAUCUAUCUAUCUCUCUACCUAUCUAUCCAUCUAUCCAUCUAUCUAUCCAUCUAUCCAUCUAUCCAUCUAUCUAUCUAUCUAUCUAUCUAUCUAUCUAUCUAUCUAUCUAUCUAUCUAUCUAUCAAACAAUCUAUCAAUCUAUCAAUCUAUCAAUCUAUCAAUCUAUCAAUCCAACCCAAAUAUGUAUAUAAAUGAAGAUAGUUUAUAAAUGAGCAAUUUGAGUGGAAGAAUAGUCAGAAAGUUGUAAAUAGAUAAGGGCAAGUUGAAAACAAGUAUAAUACAAUAUCAUUUACAAGCCUCAUAGUGUUAUUUGUGCAUAUAUCUGUAAAUGUGUAUAUUUAUUUUUUAUUUGAUCAUUUAAUUUUUAUUCAUAAUUUUGGGUUGUUUUCUAGCAACUAUAUGUACUUUGUAUUUUACAUAUAUACAUACAUGUAUUUUACUGUUACUGACUUUUUUGUUUACUAAAACUAUAACUAUAUGAAUGAUCUGUAGUAAGAAUACAUAGCUUCAAUAAAAAUGUAUAUAAGUGUG